AUGACAAUACACUGAGUUCCAUGUUUAUUUUGAUGCAUUUAUUGAUGGUUCGCACUGCACAUCACCAAUACUGUUCUGAAAUGACCACUACAAUAAAUCUCUUAUUGGUUUUCAACUGUUUUAGGUGGAACAAACAACACAUUUCUUCAAAAUAUGAAUGGCCAUACGCUUUUGGCAUGCUAUUUAAACAUACAGUGUAUUCUAGUUCAUAAUAUUCAUUCAUUUUCUACCGCUUAUCCUCACGAGGGUGGCGGGGGUGCUGGAGCCUAUGCCAGCUGUUUUCGGGCAAGAGGCGGGAUACACCCUGGACUGGUCGCCAGCCAAUCACAGGGCACAUAUAGACAAACAACCAUUCACACUCACAUUAUGGACAAUUUGGACCAUAACUAGGGUUCAUAAUUGAGAUGUGAGGUCUGCGCGCUAACCACUCGACCGCCGUGCAGCCAAGUUCACAAUAUAUUCAAUGAAUUAUGAAUGAAGUACUAAUGUAUCGCAGCUGUCUUUAGUAAUAUGCAGUACCAAAAUUAAACGUAAUUAGAAUUCUGUUGAAAUGGGUCAAGCAGCGUGGCCGUGUUUGUGUUCUGCGGGGUUUGUUGUCGGGUUUAGAAUGUCUGAUCUGCGGGGACAUCAAGCUUUCUAUUAUUAGCUUCAAGUAAUCUCAUACAUGCAGAUCGACCUCUGCCCCUUCCUGUUACUACUUAUCUAUUAGCGUUAUCACAUUACUGCAAUUAACACAGUUAAUAUGACCACUGCAUUUUUGUUACAGCAAAUACAUAACAUUAUGAGGACAUUAGAUUAUUGUUAUAGCCAGUCAAAUCCCAGGUGUUGAUCCAAAACAACAACAGUAUACACACACACACACGUACGCACACCCACCAAUGCACUGGAUUAACGGUCAUUGUUAAACUGUGUGUGUGUGUGUGUGUGUGUCCAUUAAAUCCUUUAACUCAGUUCUAAAGUAGCUUAGCAGGUUGCGCUCCUUGGUCCAAGCUGCAGUGUUGCACUGGGCGUGGACUACCGCACACUUGCCGUCCGUCAAGUGUGAGCUUGAAACGUGCGAGAAUGGCGGGUGGAGUUCUUUUAAAUUGGACUUAAAUUAGUCCCCUGUGCCGUAUUUGGAUUUAAAUUGCUACGUUGACCCCCCCUGGUGUGGUCGGUCUGGGGGGCGGUUCUUACCUGCCGUGGAUGCCGUCGUCUUUGCUGGUAACCUGAGUUCUACAAAACGGCCGGACGCCUGGUAGCAGGUAGGGGGCAGAGGGCAGCCUUCAUCAGGCGCCCAGGAACCCCCCCUGUCAAAAAAAGCAGCAUGAUCUUUCAGGUCCAGAAGAAAUAUUAUGGCUUGAACACCAAAUUAGAUGACAGAGCGGACGGCAAAUGGGGAGAUAUUGAGCAAUGGAUGGAGGACAGUGAGAGAUACUCACGCCCCUCACAGAUGCACACGCUUUCAGAUGAUGAUGAACGCUUGUCAGUGGGAAGCCGAGGCAGUGUCAGGUCGGAUCUUGAUUCAGUUUAUGGGGCAGGGGGCUCAUCCUUGGUCUCACAUAAGAAGUCCAAGAAAAAGAAGAAACAUAAGCAUAAAGAUAAAGAUAGGAACGGCUAUGAUGAUGAGUACAGUGUUGUGUCCAGCAGGAGUUCAAGACUGAGUGAUGACAGCAGGGUCUCACGUUCAUCCAGGGGAGAUUUGUUGGCAUCUUAUGCUUCCUCUGACCUGUACAGCCUCAAUGGCCUGUCCUCCACUAGGAACACAGGUUCAACUGGUGCGUACCAGAGUGCCUUAUAUGAGGACAGUCACUGCUCCGGGUCACAGCGAGUCACUGGCUCUGGCGCCCAUUCUUUAGAAUACAGUAGCUACCACCGCUCCAACUCCAGAACCUCCAGCAGGGCCAAUUCAGCCCGCACCAGCCCAGUGGACAACUGUGGUUCUGUUGCCAGUUAUUUAAGAAGCUCAGCAAGUAGUGGUGGCCUCCUCAGGGAUCUGGACGAUGUUACUAUUCCUGAUUUUUCUGAUGCAGAUGACAAGGAUUAUCUCGAGAAAGGUUCCAGAUCAGCUUCUGCAUUAACAGCAACGACUCUCACCUCACUCGGCGGGUCUUCCUCACGGAGAGGAAGUGUAGAGACUGCCAUAACUGUGGAUGCCGAGGCUGCAGUGAGAGAAAUUAAGGAAAUUCAUGAACUGAAGGAUCAAAUUCAAGAUGUGGAGUCCAAGUACACACAGAACCUAAAAGAAGCUAAGGAUGCAUUGACAGAAGUGGAAGAGAAGUAUCGUAAGGCCAUGGUAUCCAACGCCCAGCUGGACAAUGAGAAGAACAACCUCAUGUACCAGGUGGAUACGCUUAAGGACUCGCUGAUGGAACUAGAGGAACUCCUGUCUGAGUCCCGGCGGGAGUAUGAAGAGAAGGUCAAGGAAUUUGAGCGAGAGAAGCAUGCCCACAGUGUGCUUCAGUUCCAAUUGAUAACAAUGAAAGAAACACUGAAACAAAGUGAGGAGCUCUUAAAUGAGAUCCGUCAGUUGCGUAUGAAACAGGACGGUUUUGCUAGAGAGAUAUCUGACCUACAGGAGACAGUGGAGUGGAAGGAUAAGAAAAUUGGGGCCUUAGAGCGACAGAAAGAAUACACUGAUGCAAUCCGAAUUGAGCGAGAUGAGCUCAGAGAAGAGGUUGUGAAGCUAAAAGAUAUUCUAAAGAAACAUGGAAUAGUACUGGGACCUGAUAUGAGCAUCAACGGCAGUGCUGGUGAGACAGAAACAGAAGUCGGCACCAGCGGAGACUCUGUUCCUCAACCAGCUCAGGAAUCGUCCACUUUCCCAGCAGAGGGGAACAGCAUGCUCGGAAGCUCAGUGGAGACUCAGUUGAGAAGUAGUGGCAAGGAAGAGGUGGAUCAAGAGCAGCAUCAAGAAGCCCAGACCGGUCAUUUGAGCUCUGAUAGGUUGUCUAAUACUGAUCGUUCAUAUUUAGCGGAAUCCCAUAGCAGAAGAACAGAAGAACAGAAAAUGCCGCUCAAAGACAUCAAUGGUGGCCAAAGGUUGGAAUGUCAGGCUGAAGCUGAUGAACUUCCAAUCACAAAAGUAUUUGAUGAACAAGUUCUCAGCUCUGAGUUCGAAGAAAUCACAAGUACUGAAAAAGUCAACUCAGAUUUAGAACAGAAAGUAGCAACAAGCACAGAUAUUACUGAAGACAACUCCACUAACAUCUUUGAGGAGACAAACGAACACAGAACCAUAGAUGAAAGUCUUUCAUCAAAAACACAAUCAUAUCUACAAGAUCGCAAACAUUCUGAAUCAUGCUCCGACGAAGGACAUGGAAGAGAUUUGCAAUCAUGUCCCCAAAAAGAAGAUGUCAUUAAUUUAGAUACACGUCCUCAAGGAAAUCUCAAACAUUCUGAAUCGUGUACACAAGACAUCAAAGAUUCAGACUCAUCUCCCCAAGAAGACGUCAAAGAUUCAGAAUUGUGUCCUCAAGGAAAUCUCAAAGAUUCAGCAUCAUGUCCUCAGGAUGAUGUCAACGAUUCAGAAUCAUGUCCCCAAGAAGAUGUCAGCGAUUCAGAAUCAUGUCCUCAAGGAAAUCUCAACGAUUCGGAAUCGUGUCCCCAAGAGGAUGUCAACGAUUCCGAAUCGUGUCCCCAAGAGGAUGUCAACGAUUUCGAAUCAUGUCCUCAAGGAAAUCUCAAAGAUUCCGAAUCGUGUCCCCAAGAGGAUGUCAACGAUUCCAAAUCGUGUCCCCAAGAGGAUGUCAACGAUUCCAAAUCGUGUCCCCAAGAGGACGUCAACGAUUCCAAAUCGUGUCCCCAAGAGGACGUCAACGAUUCCAAAUCGUGUCCCCAAGAGGACGUCAACGAUUCCAAAUCGUGUCCCCAAGAGGACGUCAACGAUUCCAAAUCGUGUCCCCAAGAGGACGUCAACGAUUCCAAAUCGUGUCCCCAAGAGGACGUCAACGAUUCCGGAUCGUGUCCCCAAGAGGACGUCAACGAUUCCGGAUCGUGUCCCCAAGAGGACGUCAACGAUUCCGGAUCGUGUCCCCAAGAGGACGUCAACGAUUCCGGAUCGUGUCCCCAAGAGGACGUCAACGAUUCCGGAUCGUGUCCCCAAGAGGACGUCAACGAUUCCGGAUCGUGUCCCCAAGAGGACGUCAACGAUUCAGAAUCAUGUCCCCAAGAAAAAUAUACAAAAGAUUCUGAAUUGUGUCCCCAGGUAGGAAAUCUUAAAGACUCUGCGUCUGAGUCUGUCCUAGGUGUAUCAAAUACUGAACUCCAAUGUGUAACUGAAAGUGCUGAGGCAAACGAUGAUGUUGAAGAAAUACUAACAAAUGCUCCACCUCGGGGUGCUAACGAUCCUGGGAAAAAGAAGAAAAAGAAGAGGAGAGGCAAAAAGAAAGGAAGGUCCACGGAGGAAAGAAGUCAACCAAAGGACCACAAGGAAUCUACUACUACAUGUCAAGAAAGCAUCCAACCAGAUGCAGUUCCAAAGGACAACGGAUCAGGCACCGAAUGUGGUAGUGACGGUCACAUUGUGAAACGCAUUGAAGAAUCAUCCACAGAUCAGGUUAUCAAAGAGACCGAUCAGCAACAUAUUACUGAACAAGUGGAACAUAUUAAAGCCUCAAAUGUCGAACAACCUAAUAAAUCAAAGCAAGUAGAACACAUCGAAACGUCAGAUGUUGAAAACCCCAAAGAAUCAAUGAUGGAUCUAAUUCUGAAUGCAGAUGAUCAGCAUUUGGAAGCAGAUAAAGUAACGUUAGAAGAUGAAAACAUUUCUCUCACUUUGCAACUCAGUCAGACACAAAGUCACCACAGUGCAGAUAAACGUGAUAUGAAACAAACUUUGGAAUCUGUGACAGUAGAGGAACACUUUAUAAAGAGUUCUGACAUUCUUGUUGACGUUGUUAGUACCAACACCUCUAAAAUCCUUGACAUACUUGAUAUUUCAGAUGACACCAUCAAAACUGUUACUCUUGAACCUGAAAGUCAAAAUCACCCGUCUGUGACUAUGAUGCCUCCUACCCAAUGCCCAGAGUCACCAUCUAAGCCGUCUGCUCCCACGGACUCAAACAGUCACAUGCUCAUUGGGUUUUCUGACAAAGGCCUGCUAGAGAAUACUUGUACAAACCAAAAGGAUGAACAGACAGAAUCAGAAAGAUCAUUUUCUUCUCAGAAUCCUCAUGAUGGGUCACACGAAAAAUCCAAACUAUCUGAGAGUGAGAAGAAAAAUGAAUUUCUAGAUUUAGUCAAGCCAGAGAACUCAUUGCAUGACCCUGACAAAGAUGAAAUCUUUCCGGAGACUCAAGCCGAACAUUUUAUGGAAAGGCAACCACAGCUUUAUGACGAUCAAAUUGAUCCUGCUGCAUCAGACAUGAAGGUGCAGACACAAAGUUCUUCUCCAGAAGAAGCAGGAAAUGCUACAAGUCCCCAGAUUGUGCAGCGACUUAGCGAUGAGCAAUUAGGGUCUGCAGACAAUCUUGAGGAGCACAAACAUAGCCAAAGCAACCAAGAACAUCUGCAGGAAUCCACAGCUCCAAACCAGUCAAAGACCAAUAACACAAGUCAGGAGAACGAGGAGCAUUCCGAAGACGACGAGAAAGGGCAGUCCUUUGAUUUUGAUGACAUGGACUCAGACGUAGCUGUAGAAAUACAAACCAUUACAAAUUCCCAGGAAGAGGAAGUCGAGGUAGGUGUUGAUGUCCUCAGUGAUAUGUUGGCGCCGAGUCCAACUAAGCUUCAAGUAGUACAAGAAAAUUCACAAGAAAAGCCAAUGGAUCCUGAAGUGUGUGCAGAUGUAGCUCCGGCAGACAAAGACCUCCAUGUGGAGGCUUUGGGAAUUGCGGAAGACCAGAAGGAAAAAAUGCGGCAAGAGAAGAUUGACGCAACGGAUGAGCAAAUCUUUGUUACAAAAGACACGCCGCCUAGCAAAGCUGGGGAGUUUAGUGUUUUAGAAAACACACGUGAAGACCAGCCCCCCCCUCAAGCAGUGUCUUUAUCAGUAGAAGAAGCGUUAAAUGAUGUUGGACAACCGCAGGGAGAUUUAAGUGCAACCAAAAUGGGACGUAACCGAGUGACCGAAAAGCAACCAAAAAAUAGCAAGAAGGGCAAAAGCAAAGGCAAAGAUGACUGCAAGAUGACUUAGUUUAUAAUUUCAAAUAAAAAGUCUUUGGAUUUAUACAGUGUGAUAUUUUAUUCAUGAAGCAGGACAUUUGACUUGGGAUAUUUUCUUUUUUAAUUAACGUUUAAUUUAAAUAUUUUUGUGUGUUGUAUUUGGAAAGUCAUUUGAACAUUGAGAAAGUACACGUUUCAUUCAGCCAUUUAUGUCAUAGUUAAUAAAUCCAAAAACAAAUUGCUAUAAAGAUGGAUCUCAGUCGUCCAGGUCAUUCAUUCAUUUUCUACCGCUUAUCCUCACGAGGGUCGCGGGGGGUGCUGGAGCCGAUCCCAUCUGUCUUCGGUUGGGCAAGACACCCCGGACUGGUGGCCAGCCAAUCACAGGGCACAUAUAGACAAACAACCAUUCACACUCACAUUCAUACCUAUGGACAAUUUGGAGUCGCCAAUUAACCUAGCAUGUUCUUGGAAUGUGGGAGGAAACCGGAGUACCCGGAGAAAACCCACGCAUGCACGGGGAGAACAUGCAAACUCCACACAGAGAUGGCUGAGGGUGGAAUUGAACCCUAGUCUUCUAGCUGUGAGCUCUGCGUGCUAACCACUCAAUUGCCGUGCAGCCUAAAAUCAAUAUGUAAUGAAAAAAUACAUUCAUUCAUUUAUUAACGCUUAUCCUCACGAGGGUUGCGAGGGUGCUGGAGCCUAUCCCAGCUGUCUUCGGUCGGGCAAGACUCCCUGGACUGGUGGCCAGCCAAUCACAGGGCACAUAUAGGCAAACAACCAUUCACACUCACAUUCAUACCUAUGGACAAUUUGGAGUCGCUAAUUAACCUAGCAUGAAAACCCACGCAUGCUCGGGGAGAACAUGCAAACUCCGCACAGAGAUUGAACUUGGGUCUCCUAGCUGUGAGGUCUGCGUGCUAACCACUCGUCCACCGUGCAACAUGUUGAAUGCAUGAACAUGUUUAACCCAACAGUCUUCUUCAAUUCUAAGCGUUUUGAGACUACAACGGAACAAGAACCCAGCGGGACAGAACAGGGUUUCUACCGACUGUACUUCUGUCCUAUUGAAACUUUUUACUGGCUAUUAGACAGCAGAAAAGGCUUGUGGUGGUGAGAGUCCAGGAUAAAAAGUACAUGAGGACCAAGACUUGGUCUAACAGACAAAUGAGAAGGUCGAAAAGAUUGCCGAUUCUAAAUUGUCCGUAGGUAUGAAUGUGAGUGUCUAUAUGUGCCCUGUGAUUGGCUGGCUGGUCAGCUGGGAUAGGCUUCAGCAUAACCUUGUGGAUGGAUGGAUGGAGACUGUACUGAAUGAUAGCUAAUUCCACUGCUUAGAAUAAACAUUCUUGUCAAUUUAAGUUUCUUAGCAGGAUCUCUUGGGUCUAAAAGACUCAAUGGUUGUAUCUAUUCAUAAUUAAAAGGCAAAUACUUAAUGUGGUGAUUAUGAAAUGUUUUGAUGAAGGUGCCUUCCAACCUGUAGUCCUCCCUUAAGUCUGAUGUUUUGUUAAAUUAAAUUGUCUGUUUGCCCUCCUCUCCUGAGUUUGUGCAUGUUAACUGACCUCCCUCACACUCCGCCACCCCUCCUUGGAUGCACUAUGCAUGCAUCUGACCCAGUCCCCUCACAUCGCCUUUGGCUCCACCCACUCCUGGUAUGAUAUCUUACUACUUGGAUUUUUUUUUUAUUUUGUUGUAUUAUUUGCUUGCAUGAAUUUACAUUUCUAUUAUUUUUUAAUUUUUUUUACCAAGUAUUGUUUUCUCUGAAAUCUGUUUUGUUUUUCCAGAGAUUCGCCUCAGGAAAUUAGUGGACGAGCGAGAAAAAAUGAUAGAGCAGGUA